GCCAUGCGUGAUGACGUCCGUCGACCCCCGUGGCUUUAUGAAAGCCGAGAGGUCCUCCACUGGCAGCGCGCGUCCGCUGGUUGUGUAAACCGCAUCUCGUGUGUGGAAGGGAGAGGAGCUAGCCUCGCGACAAGAACGGGUUUAAAGGACGGUCUGUUCUCUCCGCCGCAGUCCGCUCCAUCUCCCCUCUCUCUGCCUCUCUCUCUCUCUCUCUCACCGACGGCUUCGAUUGGACGUUACCUCCGGCUUCCCGUCCGCUCCAACAACACGAACCACGGGGACGAGCCAACGGUUAGCCGAGAAGGGAAGUGGGCUCCGCACUCGUCCGUCAGACAGAUGCUCCCAGCCGCCCAGCUUGACAAGAGUGAUGGGAUGUGUCAACUAGUAGAUGAGUCAGUCCUGGAUGAUGUAAUCGGACUGAAGGAUUCAUCUGCAGUGUUCAGACCAGAGCGAGAAGACAGAGGAGGGACAAAGACAGAGCAGGAGGAAGACGACAACGACAUUGAAUACACAAGGAUGGGCGUGGGGAAAAACACCACCUCCAAGGCGAUGGACAGCAGCAGUGAGGGAGGAAAAUAUGAAGAGGAGAGCAAGCAUGGAGCAGAUUUCUACCCUAUUCCGGUGGUGGUAAACGGAGUCGGCAGUGCAAAUGGAGACCAGGAUACUGAGAAUACUGAGCUAAUGGCUAUCUACACUAAAGAAAACCACGGUGCAGAAAAGAGCUCGAUGUCUGAGACGUUGGACAGCACAGACAGUAUCGAUGCGAGGAGGAUGGAUAUGAUCUAUACCAUUGAAGACACCCCGCCGUGGUAUCUGUGUGUGUUCUUGGGCUUACAGCACUACUUGACAUGUUUCAGUGGCACGAUCGCGGUGCCGUUCCUCCUCGCCGAGGCGAUGUGCGUCGGAUUCGAUCAGUGGGCCACCAGUCAGCUCAUAGGAACCAUCUUUUUCUGUGUGGGAAUCACCACCCUGCUACAGACAACACUGGGCUGCAGGUUGCCUUUGUUCCAAGCCAGUGCUUUCGCCUUCCUCGCACCAGCCAGAGCCAUCCUGUCACUGGACAAAUGGAAGUGUAACAGUACAGAGGUUCCAGUAUUCAACAGCACUGAGCUCCUGAACACAGAGGACAUCUGGCACCCCAGGAUACGAGAGAUCCAGGGAGCUAUCAUCGUAUCCUCCCUUGUCGAAGUGUGUAUUGGAGCGCUGGGUCUUCCCGGGAUCCUGCUGAAGUACAUCGGACCCCUGACUAUCACCCCCACUGUCACCCUCAUCGGCCUCUCUGGUUUCCAGGCCGCAGGGGAGAGGGCUGGAAAACACUGGGGCGUUGCUAUGCUGACUAUCUUCUUGGUGCUGCUCUUCUCUCAGUAUGCCAGAAAUGUUCACUUCCCACUCCCGAUCUACAAAGCCAAGAAAGGCUGGACCUCCUAUAAACUUCAAGUCUUCAAAAUGUUUCCUAUCAUCAUGGCCAUUCUGAUGUCAUGGCUGUUAUGCUUCAUUUUCACUGUGACUGACGUUUUCCCACCGGAGAAGGACAAGUACGGUUACUACGCCCGCACAGACGCACGUCAAGGAAUCCUCGCGGCUGCACCGUGGUUUAAGAUCCCGUAUCCCUUCCAGUGGGGUUUUCCCACUGUAACAGCUGCAGGGGUGAUCGGUAUGAUGAGCGCCGUGGUGGCCAGCAUCAUUGAGUCGAUUGGAGAUUACUAUGCCUGCGCUCGUCUCUCUUGCGCUCCUCCACCUCCCAUCCAUGCCAUCAACAGGGGGAUAUUCGUUGAGGGUAUUUCCUGUGUGCUGGACGGGCUUUUCGGCACAGGAAAUGGCUCCACCUCCUCCAGUCCAAAUAUAGGUGUCCUGGGAAUCACAAAGGUGGGCAGCAGACGUGUGAUCCAAUAUGGAGCGGCCAUGAUGUUGCUGCUGGGGAUGGUGGGUAAAUUCAGCGCCCUGUUUGCCUCUCUGCCCGACCCAGUCCUGGGAGCCCUGUUCUGCACCCUGUUUGGUAUGAUCACCGCCGUGGGACUGUCGAACCUUCAAUUUGUGGACCUCAACUCGUCCAGGAACCUCUUUGUCCUGGGAUUCUCCAUCUUCUUCGGCCUGAUGCUGCCGAGCUACCUUAAACAGAACCCGCUGGUCACAGGCAUAGCUGAGAUUGACCAAGUGCUGAACGUGCUCCUCACCACGGCCAUGUUUGUUGGAGGUUCUGUCGCCUUCGUUUUGGACAAUACUAUCCCUGGUUCCCCUGAAGAACGAGGAGUAAAGAAGAUGAAACGUGGCACUGGUCUCAGUGCAGCAGAACUGGAAGGGAUGAGAUCUUACGACCUGCCGUUUGGAAUGGACUUCAUUAAUAGAUACCCCAUCUUCAAGUACAUCCCCAUCAGCCCUGCCUUCACAGGCUACCAGUGGGGGAGGCUACAGGACGCCUGCAGGAGCAGAAAGGGACAUGGAGAAGCGGUGAAGGGAGUGGGAGGGGAGGGAGGCACAGCACCAGGGGAGAGUCGAGUAUAGCCAACGGACUGAGUUCGGGAAGCAAGGGAUGGUACACUAGGAUAAAAGGAUUGGAGAGUGGCGGACUGAAGCGGCGCAGGGCUUGGCCAUUAACGAGAGAAAAAAGUCAUUGUGUGUUUUCUUUAUCUUAUGUCAGUCUUUUCCCACUUCCCACUAUGCUGGUUUAAGCAUGCUACAGCAAAUCCCAGCAUGUUAUAAAAGAUGUCAUCACCACACAGAGAUUUGUUGGUGUGUGUGCAUAUGUCCACCAUAUUCAGCACGAGAUGACGGCACUUUAAUCCACAACAAAAAAACGAUGGAUGUCAAACAAUCAAAAGCUGAAUGUUUGGUAAUUCACUGUCUCGUAAUUACUACUAGCUUCCACUGGCCAUGUGAUUUAGUUUAUUUAUUUAUUUUGUCACAUUCUACUGAAAGCUAUGGUAGAUUUGAUUGUCAGGAUUAUGCAAACUUACAAAUCAUUUGCCUCUCGACUCAUUAUGCAACAGCCUAACAGCAUUGGAGAUACACAUAUGCACAUACACCAACAGCCCUUCACCAAAACAAGCGCAACACUGCACUUCGGGGUCAUGCAGACUGAUGAACGUGUUUUGUCAGGCGCCCAUACCGAAUAGUGAUUGUGAAAUUUAUUCUUGCACUAUCUGCCUCCUGAGUUCAAAUCCCGAACGUCACUCCACAGCUCGCUGCCCCAUUUCUGCAGUAAAACUCUUCAGAGACCCACUUUGCACUACAUCGCAUCAGCUCAUCUCAUGCCGAAGAACCUCACUUUUUAAAAUAUAUAUGUUAGUGCUGAUAUUCACACUAUCGCCCGUGUUUUUGGGCUAAACUUCACAAAUCCUCCAGUUUACAUUUAAUUUAUUAACAAGACCAAAACCUAGUUUACCUGAACACACCUGUGACUCAUAGGACCAUCAAAUGGGCCUCGUUUUGCUUCGUUAACUUUCAAGGUUUUUAUUUUCAUCUCAUAACCUCAUUUGGUUAUUUAACAUCUCCUCUUAUGCAAGUAUUCACUAACAACAAGCUCUUUGUGAUGCCUGUACUGCCAUUAUGACGGGAGAGAAUUUGCAGAAAGCUACAGUCAUGGCACACAGUAACAGACGUUUGGCCUCAUAAUUAAAUCUCUCGCAGUCACUUUGGUCCUAUUUUUAGCAGCAAUGUGUGUUAAUGUAGGAUUUCCAAAAACGGCACCAUAAUUCCACUUUCCAAACCCAUGUUGUUUCCAUCAUUGCCCCUUGCAUAUUUGUUCGUAGGAGUUAGGGAGCACAUUUUGUUUGGAUAUAGUACUUAGAUGUAAUUGGACAGUUUUGUAAUUGGACAGAGUUGAAAUUUAUUCAUUUCGUUCUCCAAAUCCAGUCACAGAUUUUGUAUUUUUGCAACAGCUGAUCAUGGUGGUUGCUGUCAUUAAUAUAUUUUUUUCUACUUGUAUAAUAGCGUAGAUGACUUUCCCAUACAUUCCUCCUCCUCCUGUCCUCGGUCACCACAUGUUGGCUGAAGUUUCAGACCUAGGUGUGACAAGUGAGUCCCCAAUUUGACCACAAUGUGUGCCUCUGCUUCUUUUAAAAGAAAAGAAACAAAACUAUCAUGCAAGGAAAAAAAUUGAAAUAAGAAGUAGCACAAAGACAAAAAUAACGGCUAAAAUAUAAUUACAAUAUAUUUAGCUAAAUUUUUACUAAAGACAAACAUUAAAAGCUCUUAAUUUUCUGUUUCUUCUCACUGUCCUGUAACGAUAUAUCAAAGCUCUUUGUUAACAUUGACAGUCACUGUUGAGAAACAAAAACAAAAAAAGAUUAGACAGGAAUGUUGCCCCCAGAUUCUCAUAUUUUACCUCUUUUGUUUAGAGCUAUUUAUUUAUUUAUGAGGAAAAAAAAAGUGGAUGUUUAAUAAUUGCUUGAAGCAGGUUUAUUUGCCUCUAGCACAUUUAUUAUUUAUUAUUUGACUUGAUCAUGCUUUGUAAAAAGGUGUGAUUAUGACCGGCACCCCGCCCCCCCAGCAUCAGCUACAGUCUUUGCUUUGAGAAACUCAUCUAAGGACUUCAGCUUUUCAUGAAGUUAGUUUCUACUGUAAAACGUAAGCUGCUUCAAUUUCAUUCCAUUUAUAUCACGUUGUUUGAUAUGAAGAGAGAAAAAAAACACUUCUAAUAGUUGAACUGGAUGAUUUAUACAAAUGUCAAGAGUCAGGACCUUUUUGCUACAAGUACUGUUUGCACAUGUAAUUGUGCCAAGAUCAGGGUGAGUAACACUCGCCGACCUCAGACCCUGUAGUGUCUCUAGUGUGCUUAUCCAGACUCAUUGUCAAAAUGUUCCCAUUUUUUUCAGUGACCUCAAGACUGAACUGUUCUGAAAAUGUUGGGGCUUGGUCUCUGAAAGCAUGGCUUGCUAUAGCCCCAUUUAUGACCUCAUCUUUCCCUGCGUUACUCUGAUGAUUUGGUCACACAGUGUUUCCAGUGAAAAGAAAAAUAAUCACCACCCAGUGGUGGACUGUAUUUUUGUGAUCUUGCUAAUGUCAACUGUCUGCCUGGAAUGAUAAAAUGGACAAAACCAAGAGCCAAGAAAUCGCAGCUAAGAAUUUGUGACCAUGCAGAUAUUUUCAGUAACACCUAUCAGCAUGUGGUAUGCAAUAAAGUCAGAUUCAAAUGUUUACAGUGCUACUACAGCUGAAAUUCCUAAUUGUGUCACAGAAUCUAAAAGGAAUUUGGUGUUAUGGUGGUACCACCCGCCAAUACUGUAUGUGUUCUCAUUCUACGGAGACUGUUGACAUUAAGAUUCAAUGUUGUCUUUAUUGUCCCACUUGGGGACAAAUAGGUAUGCAGUCGGGGCUCACACCCAACUAAUGUAUUCAAGGAAAACAUUGACUGUGACAACAAAACAGUUAACAAAACAUUGAGCUGAUACUUAAAUGACCAUGUGCUAAAGUACAAAUGUGCAAACGCAUGGACAAUUCAAUUUAAGCACUAGUUGGCAAAGAAUGCAUCUGUAGUACAAUCUGCAAGCUCCUUAGUGCUACAAGCUGAACCCCCAGAAACACUGACCUGAGGGGUGAUAACUCAGACUCCUUCUGGAGUGGAUGGUCCUGACAAUCCAAAAUAGCAUAAGCCCCUCCCAAGGACCUGCCUGUUGUAUAGGUCCAGAAGCUUGGCAUGACUCCCCCUAGAGAUCUUCAUCAUCGGUGAUGUGACCAAACCACGGGGAAACGCAAACAAUGAAGUCUUUUAAAGAGGCUUGGCUAGCUGGUGACCACUGAUGUGUGGGAACUGUCAAUCUAAAACCUCAUCGUCCUCAUCUUAAAUGUUGGCGAGGCUCAGGACCGGCAGCUCGACAGCUGUAGAUAAGAAGUGUUAUUAGGUGGCUGGUAAUUGACUCCUUGCCCUCGCUGUGUAACCGCUUGUUCCUGGAGCGGGGAUGAUCUGGGUAGUGGUCAGAGAGAAGGCACCACCUCCUGCCACUUCUCUCUUUAGUGAGGGAGUUAUCAAUUCACUUGUACAUGAUAUCAACACGGGCAGUAAGCGAUUUAGUUUUACAGAGCCAGGACUGUGUGGAAAAAUUCAGAUUGUUAUUUUUUGUUUUACAGUGCACACCAAACUGACAGCUAGUGGACCGAGAGGAAAUAUUUGCUGAAUUUUACUAACAGUGUUUUGGAUUAAAAUCGCUUACUGCUCCUUUAAGCACGUGAACAACGUGAGACUUUGUUUUCUGUGUCAUAUGUUCACGUAACCAGCACUUAUUUCUCCCAUUGCAGCCUGUCUCCUCACACAUACGUGUUUAACUCCCUCUAUCCAUGGUGUCCCUCAUGUUUAGUGUACCUGGUUUUCUUCCUGGGAAUUCUUCCCGUUGUUUCUGGAUGCAGGAGAAGACACCGGCUGGCCAUCUUAUUCAGAGCCCGUUGGUCAUUGGCAGCUGAGUGAACCUGCCUUAUUACUUAUAACGAGCAUUGGAUAGUUUUGUGCCUAACUUUAAUCUAACCUUCUCUUGAUUUUAACUUUUACCAUCCACUUAUCCAUUCUCUUAUUUUAGAUUUUACACAUGCAUUGUGUUUCUCACUCGGCCGUUAAGAGAAAUAGCUCGGUUACAGUAAAAACACCUUGGAUUUCACAUGGAAGUACACUACUCCUCAACAUUUUUCUGACUUGAGUUACAUUUUUAAAAAGUCAGUUAAAUCAACAGAUGGCUCUUGAGUAGGUGGUCAUAAGGUGUGUAACACAAAGACAUAAUUCCCUUUCAGUUAUUUUGAAAGGGAUUCUACAUGAAGAAUGUACUGUGUCAAGUGUUUUCUCUUUUUCAAUGUUUUUGUCCUUUUUAUACAUAAUUUUUGUGGUUUUGCAGGUUAAUAUUUGUAAGAAACAAAUCAACUUUUAAUCUUAAAUCAUGCUGGAAAAUGCAUCAUCAUGUUGUACUUUUUUUUUUAAAGAGUAAUUACAUUUUGAUCCUAUUUGAAGUCUGUGCUUUGGUGGAACCCUUUUGUUUGUUAGGACCUUUUCAUAUUGUAUUUUUUUACUCUAACAUUGCUCUCUGUCCAUGUUAACACAUUACCGGUAUAAAUUAUAGACUGAACUUAACAUCUAAAUUGAUGUAAAAACAAACAUAAAAUGUAUAUUUGAUGGAGUUUGCUAAACUAAAUUGUGUAAACUAAUUGUAGCAAGAAAAUGUUUUAUCCUUUGUUCCUAAAACUAUUUAAUAAGAUGUUACAGAAUGAA